UUUGGCAAGAAGACUUUCAUUGGAUUUUACUUAUAAUUGGUCAUUUUAUGCGUCAUAACUCGUAUAGUUAUAUUGGAAAUAUUCCUGAAGAAUUGGCUUUAAAAUGUCUGAAAGGAUAUCAAUCUGGGGAAUUUACAAAAUUUGAUGAUUUUUCGCCUAUUUUCCAAAAUUGUAUUGAUAACCCGCCAUUUAAUCCUGCAAAUUAUCCAGGAAGAUUGGAUCCUGUUACCUUGAUUUCAACACAAAUUCUAAGCUGGUUUUCUUUGGAACAUCAAAUGCUUAUUAAAUUGGACCCAAAUGCUUCCUUGUUAAGUCCAACAUUAUGUCAAACUUCUCUUUGGCAAUUUUCACUUUUAAUGAUUGUUCUAUCCCCUCCAAGUUCUCCACUUGAGGAAGAUUCUUCUUUUGCAAAAGAAAGUGAAGAAGAUAAUUGGGGAGAAGAUCAAUCAAGAAUAUCUGUUAAAUACUUACCUUCAAUUCCUCCAAAAAGUGCUCUAUCAGCUCAAAUAAUUCAAAUGUCUUUGGAAAAAAUGUUUACAAUUUUAACUAAAAUGCCUGGAGAAAAGAGGUUAUGUUCUGAUGUUAUAAAAUUACUUAUAAGUCUAGCUGAAUAUCGGCCACUUGAAUUGGCAGAAAAUGAGAAUUUAUAUUCUUUGUUCAGUGGGAUUGAUUUUUCAAAUCUACCUGCUCGACGUCAAUUUGUUAAAGCAAUUGUUUUAAUGGGUGGAAUGCUUGAAUUACCAAUUUUGAGGCAACGGAUUCAUGAAACGAUACUUGAGCCAUUAAUUCAACGCUUUUUGGCUCUUUGUGAGGCUAGAGACUCAAUUGUCAAUUCUCGUUUAACUGAUCUUUUUGAGUGUUUUACUGGUAUUGCAGAUGCUGGACAAGCAGAUACUGCUCGAACUUUAUUUAAAUUUCUUCAACCAGUUUAUGAACGUUGUAUUCCAUUAAUUAGGACCUGUUCUCAAUCUCAACCAUUAAUUGUUUCUAUUUUGGCCUUUUUAAAAUCAAAUACUGAUGUUCUUUUCUUUUACGUUGAAUCAAAAGAAGAUAUUCAGUCAUAUCAUAAUUUAUUAAUUGGUGUUAUUAAUGCUUACAAGGAUACUCAACUUCAGAGAUUUGCUUCUUUUGAGAAUGCAACAGAUGAUGAACAACAAACUCAAGAUUUGACAACUUUUAUUGAAAUUCUAUGUUUGGCUAUAACUAAAACUUACCUUCCUUUGGAUUUGUCAGAAGCUUCUGCUAUAGAUUCGGCAAAAGUUUCCCUUCACGGCCUUGAAAUUUUAUUGCCAAUGAUGAGCGAAGAUUUAUUAAAAAUUCCUUUACUUUGUACUUCUUUCUUCCGUUUACUCAUUUUCAUUUCUGAUAUUGCUCCUGAAGCUAUUGUUCAAGUCUCUGAACAAAUGCUUAAUGGAUUUCUUGGAUGUGUUCAAUCAGCUUUAGACAAUACUUUUGGUAUUGAACGUGUUCGCUCUGCAUUAGAAAUUGUUAACAAUUUUGCUUCUCAUUGCUUAUUACAAAUUCAGAAAGGGCAACAAGUCAGCCCAUUAUUGGCAGAAAAUAUUCUGAAAUUUAUUCCGAAAAUAUUUGAAUUGGCAAUGCAAUUUAGUUGUGAACUUGAAAUUUUUAAUGAAGCAACAAGCACUCUUUUUAAUUUAAUUGGACUAAAUCAGGAUUCCUUCAAAGCUUAUUUAAAUCAACUUCUUUCACUUCCUUCAAACAUUGAAAAUAAAUCUGCAUUAGAACAGGCAUUUACAAAGCUCUUAACAACAUCUUCAGACGAUGAAGCAACUCCUAGGAAUUUUACAGCUUCAAAGAAACGAAAUUUUCAAAUUAAAUUUGAAAGUUUUUUAAUUGAAGUUAGCGGUGCUCUUUGCUUGACGUAA